AUGGGGUCUAAAAGAUGUAUGAGCGUUUUGGUUGUCAUUUUCAUGGCGUUGGUCAGCUAUUCUCAAGCACACAAGUUCUUUGUGGGUGGCAAAGAUGGGUGGAUAGUGAACCCGUCUGAGAACUUCAAUCACUGGGCCGGAAGGCAUAGGUUUCAGGUCAAUGAUACGCUCUUUUUCAAGUACAAAAAGGGUUCAAACUCUAUCUUGGUUGUAACAAAAGAAGACUACUACUCGUGCAACAACAACAACCCAAUAGAGUCUUUAACAGAUGGUGACUCCGUCUUCAGAUUUGAACGCUCCGGUCCUUUUUUUUUCAUCAGCGGCAAUGCCGACGAUUGCCAAAAUGGUCAGAAACUGAUAGUAGUAGUUUUGGCCUUAAGACACAAAUCUGACCACGGCGAUGCUCCACUGGUACCCUCUCCUUCUCCGGUGGCUUCUCCUAACUCUGGCAGUAAUCCAUCGGAUUUAAACAACAAACCAACUCCACCACUGAAGGAGAAUUCGGGGUCAGUGCUGCGUUUUAAAGGAUCAGAUGUUGGGUUGGCUUGGUUUUAUUUACUCAAAUUCAAUAUAUCACUGGUUCACUGGAAGUAA